GUGGUUUCCAUGCGCCGACGGAAGUGAAUUCGAACUGAUGGCGCUAAGUUUAGUGCGGUCACUUUCUGCUUAAAAUAAGAAUAAUUUGGAUGCAACACAUAACUGAGAGUGAACUCCAAGAUGAGUAGUGCUAAGGAAGACCUGGCUGGCCAGCUACACAAGUGGGCCUUGGAGGAGAUGCAUUUCAGACCCCAGGGAAGACAUGUCAACUCCAAACUCCCCUCUGUUGAUGAUUUCAGAAACAUAUGUCGGGGUCAAAUGGUUGACAUCUGGAAGUUUGUCAUACAACAUGUCUAUUCAGCACAAACUGUGCAGAAAGUUAAAGGAAACCUUGCCCUUAAACACCAGCAGUUGUCCACCCAGUCUUACAGAGUGAAGUACCAAGGAACAGAGCAGUACUCUAGUGAGAGAGAUGAACUUCUGGAGACCAAGAGAGCACUGACAGCUGAGCUAGCCAGCCUCAAGUCUGAUGUUCAUCACGUGGAGAGGGAUCUAAGUAAACUGAAGAAGGACAUUCUGGGCACAGAGCAAGCUUAUAGGGAGUCGUGUACAGCACUAGGAGAGUUACGUAGACGCAGUGUGCUACUGAAGGCGCACUCACAGCAGUGCGAGGAGCUGCAUGAUUGUUACCAAGAGUUUGAACGACGCAUGAACGGGAAAAUUGAAAAGUACAAACAGUUGCAGAGAGCACAGAGGAAGGACCUCCUGUGGAAAGACAUAGAGGUGGUAUUCUCAGAGUACCCAGUGAAUCAGAUAGUGACCUCCCUGGUCUCCAAUACACAAGCACAGAGGAAGGACCUCCUGUGGAAGGAUAUAGAGAUGGUUUUCUCAGAGUAUCCAGUGAACCAGAUAGUGACCUCCCUGGUCUCCAACACACAGGAGUCGUCACUGUCUCUGAGGGAGAGGACGGCGAGAAUUGACAUCAGGAGGGACGUGGAGAAACUCAAGUUUAAGUAUGAAGGCAAUGGCAGGCUGACAGAUGUGUCCUCGGCUCCAUCUUUACUACAGAGUGUCCAUCAACUACUGGAGGAGUCCCAGUUGAAUCACAUCAAGAAAUUUGUAGAGACAGAGAAACACAAGAAUCAGUGUGUGCGUAUCCACCAGCAGUUAGAGCAGCUGAGAGCAGAGGUAGACCAGCAGUUUAAGUCCCAAAUACAGGGUAACCCAGGGGCUCUGGACUUGGCCAGGUCCUUGUUCGAGACAGAGCUGAGCGUGGCUGGAUCAAGGGCAGCUCUUGCUUGCUUGGAGGACAGAAACACAGAGUUAAAACUCCGCGUCAGUCAGUCUGCUAAGGAGAAGGAGAUUCUGCUUGCCAAAUAUCAGCAGAUACAGGAUUUUAGGAAAUUGGCUGACAGCAAGCAGGGAGUGAUCAGAGUUCUGGUGAAACAGAACACUAAUGCUGCCAGCAGAUUGGCAGAGCAACAGAUUGCGAUCCAGCAGUAUGUCCAAAGGUCACUGUCCACUCAUGAAGUGGACGUGAAGACCAAUGUGACCCAUCUUAAGGAUCAUGUUAUUAAGGAGGUGGACGCCUUUGCUGCCCUGGCCUUGCCAUACCUUAUGUAUACUGUGUUAGAGAGUGCCCAGAAGUUGGCAGUGAUUGACCUGUCCAUCAACAGACUCACCGGUCCUGGCGCUGGCCACAACCAACAGCUACAGCAGGUGCUCAACGCUCUGGAGUUUCCUGUCUUCAAGGCUCCUGAGUGUCUCCUGCGGAAGGCCAUGGAGGUGAAGAUGGAGAUAGAUGACAUGAACGCCCAGCUUGAGAGCCAUGAAGUGCUAGGCAGACUGCUGAGGGGGGCAGAGAGAGACCAGGCCCUCACUGUGGAUCACAUAGCAGGAUUAUGCCAGGAAGUAGAAGAGAAUGACAGGAAGCAACUGGAUGCUUUAUUACCAGUUCUGCAGAAAAGGAUUUCCAGAGCAAGUCAGGCUUUAGCCGAGUGUCUUGAAGUGAAGGACUGUGUGCAAGCUUGGUGUGUUCAUUGUGUAUAUUUUCCAGGAUUAUGCCAGGAAGUAGAAGAGAAUGACAGGAAGCAACUGGAUGCUUUAUUACCAGUUCUGCAGAAAAGGAUUUCCAGAGCAAGUCAGGCUUUAGCCGAGUGUCUUGAAGUGAAGGACUGUGUGCAAGCUUGGUGGGAGCAGUCUGCCCAGUAUUUGGUGCCUUGGCUGAAGGUGCAUGGAAGAACUUACCAGCAGUGGAGAGAUCAGUGGACUGUGACUGUCACAAAGUUAAGACAGUUACAAGUACAACAGCAGUGAAAUACCCAACUGUGACUAUCACAAAGUUAAGACAGUUACAAGUACAACAGUAGUGAAAUACCCAACUGUGACUGUCACAAAGUUAAGACAGUUACAAGUACAACAGUAGUGAAAUACCCAACUGUGACUGUCACAAAGUAAAGACAGUUAAAGUACAACAGCAGUGAAAUACCCAACUGUAACUGUCACAAAGUUAAGACUGUUACAAGUAUAGUCACAAGUAAUAAUACCCCCUGUGAAGAGUUUUGUUACUAAACUUGUCUAAAGUAGCAGAAACAGUGAGAAGAAAUUGACCUUCACAAACGUAUGUCAGCUAUGUGAUAUUCAACAGUAAAAAAAAAAAAACGAGUCCGGGCUUAUUAAUAUAGUGUUUUUGCAAGAAAUCUAUAGUCAAUUAGGCAGGGCACUUGCCUGGAGUCAUGGACUAUUUAUUUUGAGUUAGGGUUUUUGUGAACUGUUUUCCCCACGAUAAGAAACAGAGAUGAGGACAACAAGUUUAAAGUGUUGUAUCCAAAUAUAUAACUUAAAAUUAAACCAGUUUACACUUUCUGAGCUACAAUUUUGCAGAUUUUAUUACAUAUGAAAAUCAGUUGAUCAUUCAGACUGUAAAAAUACACAAAAACUCAAUAAAAAAAAUGGCAAUUGAAUUUUGUUUAUUU